GUCUGGGGGGUCGUGAGGGGCUUUGAGGGGUCUUGAAGGGCUUUGAUGGCCCGUGAGGAGCUGUGAGGUGUCGAGAAGGGGUUUGAAAGCUCGGAGGGGCUUUUAGGGGUCGUAAGGGGCUUUGAGUGAUCCUGAGUGGGGGUCUCGGGGACCGCCGCGAUGGUGGAGAAGGACGAGUCCAGCCCUGGCGGCAUCAGCGAGGAGGAGGCGGCUCAGUACGACCGGCAAAUCCGGCUCUGGGGGCUCGAGGCCCAGAAACGGUUACGGGCAUCGCGGGUGCUGCUGGUGGGGCUGCGUGGGCUGGGGGCCGAGGUGGCCAAAAAUCUCAUCCUGGCCGGGGUCAGGGGUCUCACCCUGCUGGACCACCAACAGGUGUCCCCCGAGGACAGCCGGGCCCAGUUCCUGAUCCCCGCGGGCUCCCUGGGCCGGAACCGCGCCGAGGCGUCGCUGGAGCGGGCGCAGAGCCUCAACCCCAUGGUGGAGGUCAAGGCCGACCCCGAGAGCGUGGAGAGCAAACCCCACGAGUUCUUCACCCAGUUCGACGCG